UCCAAUUUCUCUCGGUCAGUCAGUCAGAGUCAAUCAAACGUUGCAGACGAAAGGCGCUCUUGGAGCAAGUACCAGUCAGUACCUAGCAGCCGGCCCAGGCCCCAUUCAUAACAAAUUCAACGUGACCGUGUGUAUGGUGUGGUGUUUGGGGGUCUUUUGAAGGAGUGUAUAUCCGCACAUUUCCUGCCCUUAAGUUUGGCUGUGGUAGCAGAGCAGCAGUUGGUGAGCCGGAAAGGAAAUUCGUUCAACCAGAGCUAAUUCGGUGUGUCGUUUUUCACGAUUUUCGAGACAAAUUCGCUGUUAAUUGCUAAAAUUAGCGAGUUUCGAUAUCACUACGAGCAGUGUCAUCUUUGGGGUGUGCUUCGACGGCUGAGAGGAAAUCGAUACGUGUGAUUCUCGUCGUGGAAAAUCAAGGCAGAAAAAAUAAGUUAAAAUAAAGAGUAAAGUGCCGGUCAGAGAAGAGUCACGACACUCGGUAGUGUGCGGGAAAGUGUGUGACAAAACGGUGUGAGCGUUCGGAUAAAGGUGUUGGUGUUGUACAGGUCCGACACGAGUUUGAUUCAUCACUCGGCGACGUCGACGUCGACCCAAGUGUUGGAAAACGUGAUUCUGCCUAGCGGCGCAGUUUCAUAUAUGCAUAAAUACUUUGUGAAUUCGAGCGUGAAAUACGUGAUCAAGUAAAAGUGUCGAAGAUCAAGUUCAGAGCGUGACUCAAGUGGGUUGAACUUGAUCCUUGGGUGGUGGUCGUAGCAAAGUAAUUCGGUGAAGAAACACCAACAGUUUGUCCCGGUUUUACGUGUGCGAGCUACUACAAAACAACUAAUUACAUGUGUAAAUUAGCAAGCACGAAGAAUUCGAUCCUGCACGACAACAAGAAACGUGUCCGGCUUUUCUUCCGCAAGCCACGUUACACGCACUAUUGCUCGGUUUGGUACAUUAUAGAAUCGGCAGCGGCCGCGGCAGAGAAGAAGUCGUUCAACGGCGCAGAUCGACGGGCACGGAUCAACUAAGUCUCUCUCGCACAAGAACCCAGUAAGUGCUUUGUGUGCUUUGAGUGCCCACAGGACUUCCUAGUCCGAACCUUCGCCACAUACAACUCUACCCACGUCGGAGUUGGCUGUACCCACAGCAACCGGUUCUACACCGCGAGCUUUAUAUAACUCCCUGAGAUCCCGAAGAGCGAGCGCGCGCGUACGCCCUAAGCAGUGCUACAGUGUUUCGUCGCAAGCAAGCAUUCUCAGUGUCGAUAUAGUGUCGUCGACGACGUAGCAGGCUGUGUGGUACGUUCUGCUCGAUCGCGCGUGGAAAACACCGUGUCGGUCACUGCCUUCCGAGGCGAACAAGAAGAAGAAUAAACUUGGAGGACUAGGAAGUGCCAAAAUAGUGUCGAGACUUCAAGACAGAGGUUGGACAGUUCGCAGUGAUCAAACAUGGAAGGCUACUGGGAAGCGGCCAACGGUCACGCACCGCAUCCUGUCAAAUAUGAGAGUGAAGCAUCCGUGCCCGGAUAUUCGUACUGUAACGAGCAACUAAAUUUCUCCACAACCAACACCAACUACAGCGAGGAUGACGCCGACUUUGCGCCCGGCCGGCGAGGAAAAACAUCCAGGCAAGACCCUUUAUCACAUCGAAUAAUAGAGAAGCGCCGGCGCGACCGGAUGAACUCCUGCCUCGCCGACCUGUCCCGCCUGAUCCCCCAGCAGUACAUGCGCAAGGGCCGUGGCCGCGUGGAAAAGACGGAAAUCAUCGAGAUGGCCAUCCGGCACCUGAAGAACCUGCAGAACCAGGAGUGUCUGCGGGAGUCUUCGUGCGCCGAGCAGUACCGGAUCGGCUACAACGAGUGUCUCACCGAGGCGGCCAAGUUCAUACUGCGCGAGCGUGGCGAGGAGACGUGCUACCGGAUGGUGACGCACCUUAAGGAGCACUGCAGCGAGCUCAUGAAGGGUGAGUUGAUGAAGUCUCGCUGUGGUUCAGAGAUCCCGAACGGCGUGAGCAGUCCCGUGUAUCUGCAUCCGGGUCCGUUGUCGCAGCUGCGAGAUAUGCUGUCCUGCCCGUCGGACAUGGAGCACAGCAGCAACGACCAUCACGACGUCAAGGAUCUGAGCUAUCGUAGCAGUAGUAACAAUGGGAGUAGUCACAGCAGCAGCAACAACAGCAGUAACAACCCCCCACAGGCGGCCGUGAUCACGUCGACGGCACCGAGCAGCGUCCAACAUCUGGAUACUUCGAGUAAUCACUCGACGACAGACUUUGAGGCGUCAUCGCCGUCGCGUAUUUCAACCAGUUCCACCAGCGGCGUUGGCAAUGGCCAGAUGCAUCACCACUCGCAGGACACCAACAACAACAUCAACGCCCAGCACGAAAGUGUUCUGCGGACGAUCCGGAUGCGAAAGUUUUCGGAAACCUCGCCCGAACACGAUCAUAGCCACAACAGCUAUAAGUUCAAGAACUACAUUCAGCAGCGUUUCUCGCAGGACACCCACGGCAACGAGAACGGCCAUAUGUUGAGCGAAGUGGCGCACAGUCCUUCUUCCGUCCACGAGGAUCACCAUCAUCUGCAGAUGGCGGACAUUCCUCCACCACAGCCCCUAACCGGCAAGUCUCUAGUCAACGGAGUGGGUUCGAAAAGUAAACCCGAAAGUGCCACCAGCCAUCACCACCACCAGAACGGCAUCAGCGACGAACCGUUGUCGUUGAAGCGGAAAGCACCCUCGCCUGCCCCGACGACCAUGUCCGACCGGGACGACCUGAUGCUGUUGGAAAAGAAGCCCGCGAAAAACGGUCUGACCGAAAUCAAGAACGAGCACGCCGCGUCACGUGGCCCCGCCGGCUAUCUGGUUCCGAUCUUUGCCUGCCAUCGACAGGGCUUCUACGUGCCCAUGAACGUGGACUACGAAGCGCUGCAGCCCUAUCUGAACGGAAUUGACCUGUUCGGCAAGAGCUCGUGGCAGCAUCCGAUGCCUCCGCUGCACCCGAUCAGCAUCAGCGUCAACUACGCCCCGCUCAGCACUGGCCAGCUGAUGAUGAAGGCCUCCGCGGCGGCGGCGGCCGCAGCAACAGGCAACGUUAAGCUGGUCGAGGGCAUGCUCAACGGAUGCUAGGCCGGGGUGGCCGCUCCAACCGAGUUAGGGUAGUUUAGUGAUAACGAAAGAAUGGAGAAGGAAUUUUCCUGGAUUGGUUUGUCCCAUUUUUUAUAAUUUUUGGUUGCAGUUAGUCGCUCAAAAAGCUUUUUGAAUGCAGAAGAGAGCGUUUUGGUUCAAAAGGAAGAGCAAUCGAGUAACUUUCAUUUCUCUCCUUUCCGUUUAAUAAUUGCUCUGGAGCAAGAUGAAAUAAAAGGUGAGAAAACGAGCUACUCUUUUGCUCACUGUCACACUAUUUUUUCCUGAAAUUUACAUAAUAACGGAACAUUUCAAAAGGUUAAUGAGCAUAAAUUCGCCAUAUCAAAUUUAGCAGCUGCAACCUCCAAUAAAACAACAACAAGUGCAUUUUUUAUGCUGAUAUGCAUUUGAUCCCUUUUUUUAGUUGUCCGUUUUAGUUAAGUAAAUUUUGUAUAAAUGAGAAAAACAUCUUUUUUAACCUAUAAUUGGAGAGGAAAAAGCUCACACGAGUUUACUUAAAAGCAGAAAGUCACUAAAAUAUUUCGCAUGCGAACAAAAAGUCCCCUCCUAAUCAUAGUUAGACAAUAAAACAUCUACUAGCUACUACUCUGAAGUUCAGUCAUCUUCGCCAGUAAAGAAAAAAAUAUGUAACACGAAAAGAACAACAAGAAUUCCAUUGCUAUCGCUAUGAAAGAACCAAGUAACUGACUUAUUACAAAAUAAUGCUAAAAUUUAAACAAACUAUGUGUAUUUGUAUAUUUAAACUCAGGUGAACAAUAUUUGUAGCAGAAAAAAAACAGUGGAAGGCAAAUGCAAGAUAGAUAGCGCGUGAUAGAAAAAAAAAUCAAUUCAAAAAAGGGCAGAAUGUGCAAAAGCGAAAACAAAUGCAACACAAACCACAAACUAGCCUGUUCUACCGAUCGGUAGGGCACAAUUAAUACAAACGUGAAACAAACGCAACCUUCGGGAUUGCAUGCCAUUUCUUCUAACAAACAACCUUCACACAACAAACAAAUUAUUUCGCAUCUUGUUUUAUCAACCAACAAAAACAGAGACACUUAAACAAAAACUAGGAGUUAGGCUUAGUUAAGAGCUAAAGUGUCUAUAAAAAAACAACAAAACGCCAGCAAACAAAAUGGAAACCAUAGUAAGUAAUGCCGCCGUCAACGGGCGCAAUUUCAAAGAAACAAAACAAAAACAAAACGCGGUUAUGUUUCAUGUAACCGGCGAGUUUUACUUUUUUUUGUAACAAAUGUAAUUAUAUUAAAAUCUUUUAAUCUGUGAUACUGAUUAACAAAUGCAUGCAGAAAAGCAACGAAAUGAUGAAAGAAAAUGCAAAGGAAACAAACAAACAGGAGGAAACAAAUACCUAUAACAUGAGUAGAAACAACGUAGGUUAAAUAUUGUAAACAAACAAACAAACAGAAAUAAAAACACUGAUGGUUUGAAACAACAACAAAUCAGUCGCUUUUUGUCGUUGUAUAUUUGUAAAACCACAAGCAUCAAAACGGAGAACGUGUAGGACGCGACAAGCUGAAAAUGGGGAAGCCGUUUUUUAUUAACGUGAAAGGACAAACGCUGUACAUAGUGGAGGAAAAUAAACCAAAUAAAUUGUCAUAAAAUAUCAAAA